ACACACAGUUUGGAUUGAUAUCGUUGUGAGGGCCAGCAGCAGUGUUUACAUAGGCCCGAUCUGACGUUUGCAGGAGGAUUUCUGAAAUAAAUCGCACGCAUUGUUCUUCGGAAGUGCGUCGGAAACGUUCAAGGAACGGUCAAAACGUGUUUUAGUGACGAGGCUUUAAUGCUGCGGUGAGACAUGAAGAAACCCAGAAAGCGAUGGAGAGUCGAUUCUCUGUUUUGAACGACACAGAGGAUCUCCAAACAGACAUCGAGAACACUUUGCAUUUCGAGAGGUCCAAAACGCUGUUCGAAGAAAUACGAGCCUCCUUAAACAACAACGACGAGGAGGACCGCUCCUUCUGGAGGCCCGUGCUCCCCUGGGGUGGCGUCUUCACCAUCAAGGCUGGACGCAAGGCCUUAUCAUGCAUCCCCCUGUACGUGCAGAUCCACCUGAAAAACACCUGCACCAUCGACGGCUUCCUCAUGAUCCUGUACGUGAUCCUGAGAGACAACCAGGGCUUCCGCAGGGAGCUGGCCGUCUUCCUGGGAAAGCAGUUUGUGGAGCACUUCCUCUACCUGAUGGACUCCUGCGACUACACCACUGUGAAGAUGCUGUGGAUCUGGAACAGGAUGUCCAAGAGACAGUACCGCUCCGAGGUCCACCAGGCCGCGCUGGAGAUCGACCUGUUCGGCAAUGAGCACGAGAACUUCACGGAGAACCUGGAGAACCUGAUGUCCACUGUGCAGGAGAGCCUGUGCAGCAACCCCAACUGUCCGGCGCGCUUCCAGGACUUCAUCAAGACCACCAUACACAUUAGUCCGCCUCAUGAACUGCCCCACAAAGACCCCAUCCAGUCGGCGGUGGACGAGUUCUUCUGCCCCAAGCUGGUACUCUGCUCAGAGCUGCGGUGUGACGGCCUGAGAGAGUUCUCUCAGAGGGUGUUCUGCCACGGACCCCCGGCCUUCGUCAUCCUCAACAUGCAGCAGUGGAAGUCCGAGGAGCUGUCCUACGUCCCUUACCACCUGGAUCUCUGUCAACACAGGUACUUACUAGAAGGCGCCACGCUGUUCAACAAGGAGGAGCAGCACUACUCAGCAGCCUUCCAGAUCGACGGCUGCUGGAUGCACUACGACGGACUGAGGAGUGAUAAUCUGAUCCUCUUGCAUAAGCCGCCGGAGCUGCUGCUGCUCUCCUCCCUGGUCUAUAUCCGUGCCUCUGACAGGUGAAGCGGGCUCGUCGCGAGCCCACGACGCACAAGUGACCACGUUGAUCCGCUCUACAUGUCUUCUGUACACUGCUUUCAGUCAUUCCGAUCUUGAGAAUUCUACUUCUGUUUACGGUGCGAAAUAUAUAGUUUAGAGGCAUUUUGCUUGGAAUCCAAGAAUAUUACGGACUAUAAUAGUUCUGUGUUGAUUUACGCAAUACUAUAUUUGGAGGGAUUACUAUAGAACAUACAUGAACAGUCUUUUACAACACAAUAGAGACUGCUAUGUUACUUUUGUUUUGUUUUUUUUUUGGUUUUUUUUUGUCUUUUCAUCAAUAAUGAUAAAAAGGUUUGAACAACAUUUGUAUUGAGCAUCAGUAGAUCCUCUAACAGUGGCUGUUUGGAGUUUACAUUGACGGUGUGUCACAUUUCCAGCAGCAGAAUACCUGCUUCUUUCAGUAUCACUUUACAAAUAUGCCCAAUGAAGAGGAUUUUAAUCUGGUGCUUUUUGUAUUUGCGGGUGCAUCUUAAAUAUUACAAUACAGCUGAAAAGCUCAUUUUCCCCACAGUCAUAAUCUAACAGUGGAAUCUCCAUACAGAUUUGAAUUAUUGCAAAUAUUUUGUCAAAAAUGAAUGCCAACAGUUGUUUUUGGUGGAUGGGCUCAAAACAUGAAAAGUUAAUAAAGAAAUGAGCCAAAUCUGGGUUCGAACCAGGCAUGAUGCCCGAGUGCUCAGACCACUAAUCCACCAUGAGGGUUAAUGAGUAUCCAAAAUGAUUAGAGUGUAAAAAAAAAACAAAUUCAAGUGAUGUUUAAGACGCACCUCUACUCAACCAAACUAGCUCGAGUCCAUGUGUCAAAGUAACAUCUUUUUAGUGAGGAUGUUUAAAGGGGAGGCUGAGUGUCAAAAUACACAGUAAAAUGAUUAAUUUCCAAUACAGUCUUAAAUUCCGUGUCUUCUCUGCUGUUAAAUAUAUUAAUCUGACUUAUCCGGUGCGCAGUGGCUAUCGCUCUCCCCUCACAGCGAGGCGGGCCGGGUUUCGAAUCCAGGCCGGCGCCUUUCUGUGUGGAGUUUGCAUGUUCUUCCCGUGCGUGCGUGGGUUUCCUCCCACUGUCCGAAAACAUGCAUGUGAGGUUAACUGGCCCUAAAUUGCUCCCAUGUGUGGAUGUGUCUGUGAUGGAGUGGUGAUCUGUCCGGAGAGGAUCUUUGUCCGAGCUGGGAUCGGCCCUCAGCAGGAUUCAGCAGUAUGGACGAUCAGUGAAUGGAUUCAUAGGUUUAACUGGUUAUUAAUAGAUUAUGAAGACUCCAACAGAAGUACUGUUAUCACACAGUGCCUUCAAUAAGUGGCUUCUGUUAACAUGUUUCAUGAGUAGAGAAUCUUUGAUCAAAAUGUAAUUUUUUUUUUUUUUUUUUUAAUCUUAAGUCUUUGAAAUGCAAAUACAGAUAUUUU